CCCUCCCUCUCCCACCCAGCCCCACCUGUACCAGGGUUUAAAUCCCAGCCCAGCUCAGCUCUGGGCACUGGACCCGGCUCCUAGCAGCACCAUGAAGUCAGGGGCCAUCUUCCUCUUCCUGGGGUUCCUGGCCCUCUGGGCCCAGCUGCCGCCUGCAUCUGCUCAAGUGCGACCUGGAGCCUGCCCCAUACCCCAAGGCCUGGGGACCUGUGUGGAGAUGUGCCAGGGGGACAAUUCUUGUCCUCCAGGAUGGAAGUGCUGCAGCAAUGGGUGUGGCCACGUCUGCAUGAGACCAGUAACCCAACCACAAGUGCGACCUGGAGCCUGCCCCAUACCCCAAGGCCCGGGGACCUGUGUGGAGAUGUGCCAGGGGGACGAUUCUUGUCCUCCAGGAUGGAAGUGCUGCAGCAAUGGGUGUGGCCACGUCUGCAUGAGACCAAUAACCCGACCACGAGGGCUUGCGUUCCCUCCCCAGGCCUGGACCCUUCUGCGCGCCAUGGCAUCACUACCUGCCUAGCGUCGGAGCCAGGCUGAGGAGUCCUUCCACUACGGAUCUGCUACGAGGGCUGGGGAGGAUGCUUCAUUCCCCAGUCGCUCUUCUCUUCUGGUAGCUAACCCUCCCAAGCACUCCCUGCCCUCUAUUAACUGCUUUGGGGGAUGCCCUGCUGAGGAACUGCUUUGUGUCCUGAAUUUGGGGGCCCUGGCCAGGACACAGGGGCUGUUGCUGCAGCCUUGGGGUGUGUUCCUCUCUGGCCAGCUCAGCUCAGGCUGCUGUGUUUUGCAGAGAACCUUUUCUUCUUAAUAAAUGUGUGAUGCAUUAA